UCCGUGAGCCUCGUUGCGAUUUAUCUAAAGAAAAUUUUCAAUUUAACCCGCUAAACUUCGCGCGGUGAUUCGUUCGGUGCUAAGAAGGACUGCGUGUGCGAAAAGUGUGUCGUGAACAAACGGGAGCCAGUGAUAAGAUGGGGUUAUCAUCUCGUAGCCUCCGAAAUCCACCACCCUUCUUGUGAAUGAAAAGAAGAAAGAAAAAGUUAAAUAUUGCUUACUAUCGCGUUAUCGCUUAAGUGAGUGUUAGUGUGGUUUAAUUAGCCGGAGGUAAGCCACAGUGAAGGCGGCAGAGUGAUUAGUGAUAGUGCGUUGAAUUCAAAAGUCGUGAUGAAAACUCAAAACAAACGCACCGAAGAACAGCGUGAGCGAGGCGUGCAUCGGAUGAAAUGCGGAAGAUGGUGAAUAUCAUGGCACUGAUGACGGCAUAAGGUGUGCUCGCUCGGCGCUCUCGGUGUAGCCUGCUCCUGGUUCGUCGCCGAACGCGUAGCCAAGCACGCACGCACGCCUACUUUACCUUCGUCGUCUUCGUCAGUCAACAUGCUUCCAGAGAACGAUCCCAUCAGUUGCCGUGCUGUCGGUGGAGAGUCCACCUCUCCCGGUGGGUGACACGGUCUGCGACAGUCAGUGCGAGGGGUGGUGGUGAUCCGUUAUCAAGUCGAUCCACGAAUCUACUGAGAACAAUGCAUUCCUACCACUGCAUAUUGACUCACCAUCAGAAGAAGCAGCUGCAGCAACCGAGGCAUCCGAUGCGACAGCAGAGUAAAGGUCGAAAAUUAACAACAUUCAGAAUAAUAGAACAUCAGCUGUCGACGUGUCGAGCAUGCCGGCAGAACCAACCUGCUAAAUAUCAGCAGACGGUAACAUUACAGCUUCGUCGGCAGACACAGCAGAAGCUGCGACACUGGAUCGGUCUUCAUCACACUUCCCUUAACCUUUCAACUAAAUUGAGAGUGAAGGACCGAGGGAAUGCUGCAAACGGAAGGCAGGGAGAAAGAGUUGAAUAGUGCGGAUGGCUGUGAAGAAAAGUGAAAUUAUAAGUUCCGUUACGUGCGACUCGUGAAUCGUGCUGAAGAGCGGUAAAGAGGUUUUGGCUUGUUCUCAUCACAACAUAGAACGGUAUUGUGCUUUGUGACGAGUGUAUGUCUCGUGUUUAAAGAAGCGCUAAUGAUAAGUGAAAAGUGAAAAUUAAGGAAAGCAAUCGACAGUGACGUUUAGCGACAAAAGCAUAUGCACAUUAUAAUAAUUUGUUCAGCCGCCGUCACUGUAUCGUGAGCAACCCCUCUACCUCUGAUCAUUGCCACAGUGUAUCUAGAGAGGAUAAGAGAGAGUGGUUGAGAGAGAAAAAAGUGUGAAUAACAAGCACCCGGAAAGUCACCACAAUGGCAACACCCAACUACAAGGAGUUAAAACUGCAAUCGCCGGCCGGUGCUGAACCGUUCCUCUAUAACUGGCCGUUUUCGAUCGGCACAGGUCACGAUUCUGGCAUCGAGCUGAUCGAAAAUGUGCGCUGGGUGUGCGAGGAUAUGCCCGAGAUCAAAUCGGCGAUCGAAGAGAUCGAUCUCAGUAAGCUCGACACUGGCGACUACGAUGCGAUGAAGAACCUCUGUGAUCGCUUCAAUCGAGCGAUCGACAGUGUGGCCGCUUUGCAAAAAGGCACCUCACUAUCGAAUCAGAGGUUUACCUAUCCAUCCCGGGGUCUGCUGAAGCACAUUAUACAACAGGUGUACAAUCAGGCCGUCGUCGAACCGGAGAAACUGAAUCAGUACGAGCCCUUCUCACCGGAGGUGUACGGUGAAACGUCGUUUGAUCUGAUCUGCCAGAUGAUCGAUCAGGUGGACAUCAGUGCGGACGAUGUGUUUGUGGAUCUGGGAUCGGGCGUUGGUCAGGUGGUAUUGCAGAUGGCAGCCUCGACACCGGUGAAGGUAUGCUUCGGCAUCGAGAAGGCCGAUGUCCCAUCGAAGUACGCCGAGGGUAUGAACACGACAUUCAAACUGUGGAUGCGAUGGUUCGGCAAAAAGUAUGGUGAUUAUGAGCUGAUCAAGGGCGACUUUUUGGCCGAUGAACACCGAGAGAAAAUUACGGCCGCGACGAUCGUGUUCGUGAACAACUUUGCCUUCGGUCCGAACGUAGACCAUCAGUUGAAGGAGCGAUUCGCAGAUCUGAAGGAUGGAGCACGGAUCGUUUCGUCGAAGAGCUUCUGCCCGCUGAACUUCCGGAUCACGGAUCGCAAUCUGAGCGAUAUCGGUACGAUAAUGCACGUUAAGGAGAUGUCACCGCUGCAAGGAUCGGUCUCCUGGACGGGGAAGCCUGUCUCCUAUUAUCUACACGUAAUCGAUCGCACCAAGCUGGAACGGUACUUUCAGCGGCUUAAAACCAAGGGCACGGAUGAGGGUAGUGCUGGCACGGGUGGAGGUGGAGGCAGUGGAUCUCACACCACGCGAGCCUCUCGCUCACGCAAGGAUAAUAGUCACCAUCAUCAGAAGAAUAUUGUGAAUGAUGAUAGCACCUCGGACAGUGAUGCCGAUGGUGGUCCGUUAGGUUCGCGCAAGCUGUGGGCCGGGUGGAACAGUAGUAAGGAUGGUAAGACGAGUGCAUCGGAAGAAGAGAACAACAACAACAAUUCGCCGGUUCUGCGUAACGGUCGUAUUCCGGUAGCAACGAAGAAACGAAGAAAGAUUACGCGAAACAAGGCGCCAGUAAAGAAAGCAGAUCUUGCUGCGGCCAGCGUUGCUGCCGCCACAGCUGGUGCAUCAUCGAUGUUAUCUCCACCGACCAGUUCGGUGGCAGCGAUGGGUGGUGUAUCGGCGAUGGUUGGUGGUAAAAAGCGAGGACGCGUCAAGAAAGGUCGGCAGCGUAGACCGCUCAAUAUUGCCGGGUUGGAUCUGCUUCACAAUGAAACACUACUCAGUACCUCUGAGCAAGCGAUCGGGAAACGUCUACCUCCGGCACCUGGUUGUGUUGAUCAGUUGCUGACUUCACUGGCUGGUGAUAUGCAGCACAAUGAACUCGACAUCCCGGAGGCACCUUCGGAAACACCGUACGCGCUGCAGAUUCUCUUGGACCUGUACAAAUCUCAGUUCAUGAAGGCAAUUGAAGCAAUGCGUAAACCGUCGUACAAGGACAACGUCCAGCAGCAGAUCGAACGCGAGAAGGAGCGCAAUCAGUGGCUCUUGAACCGUGCAGGGCAAUUAGAGAAGCAGAUCAAGGUGCUAAUCGAUGACAGUGUAGCACUGCUCAAGGCACGUAUGAAUGAGUUGGGCAUAAGCACGACGAGUCAAAAUGAUCUGCUAUGCAAAGCGAAGGAGAUAGUGGGCCGACACAAAGAGUUACAGGUGAUGGCAGCCAAGCUGCAGAACCAGGUGAACAUGAUGGAACAAGAGCAAAAGCGAUUGGUAGUUCAACACGUGGCUAAAUUGACAGAGCAACAGCAGCAGCAGCAGCAGCAUCAGCACCAGCAGUACAUCAAGACGGAAGAUCUUGAGCUAACGCCUUCGAGCUCUAGCGAGGUGGUGCUGAAGGCGAUCGCUAAUACUCUCGCACAACGCAAGAAGCUCAAUGCCCAAGUCUCGAAUUUGGAGAACGAGUUGAAUCUGAUCGAAAAAUUAACUGACGAACGAAAGGCGUCGGUUACAUUGGCGGUCGCAUCUACCGGAGCUUCGGCCCUGGCUGCCUCAAACAUGGCCACGAUUAUCUCCGUCGCUCGAGCGACGGAAGUACGCGAACGGGACUCGUCACAUGGGCCACAAAGAGAUCAAUUGCAGUCGGGCGCGGAUGUUUCAACCAGUGGAAAGAUAGGUGAUACCUAUCCCAUACCACGUGCCAUUCCAGCUUCCGUGGCCGCACCGCCACCAUCGGUGACUAUUACCAACAGCACAAACAGUCAGAAUGUGAAACAGAAUGCGGGUCACUCGCGCAACUCGCAGCGAAAAUCACGCGAACAUCGUACCCGUUCGCAGGAAUGGCCCGAAAUUCCGGAUAUUGGCAAAAUUGAGGAGAACAAUCCGGAGAUUUUGGCUCAGAAAAUUUUAGAAACGGGGCGACAAAUCGAGGCAGGAAAGUUACUUGCCGCUGGAAAGAAUGCAAUGAAGGAACGAGGAGAAGCUGGUGGUGGCAAACAUUUGUCAUCUUCGGCGAUAGCAGCGAUCGCACCGCCGACGUCCGUCGCUUCUUCGGCAGUUCUUCCUCCUCCAGCAUCAUCCAUGGCACAUACUGCGAGUAGUAUACCUUCUCAGCAAUAUGGUCAUCACCAUCAUCCGGAUGCAGCCCUUAUGCCAGCACCGGCAUCUACUGCUUCGAUAAACAAAGCGCAUCAUCAUCGAAGCUCUGGCGGAGGGCCUCCGGUGGGAGGCAUCGCACCACAAGCGCCUGUCAGUGGCGGUUCUCUACCGAAAUGUUAUUUGCCUGGAUCCAACGAUCGACACGCGGCAGAAAGUGGAAGUGGUAGUGGACGUGGAAACGGAAAGCUGCACGAUUCACAUAAGGUAGUCAAUUUCGAGGAUCGCCUGAAAAGCAUCAUUACGUCGGUGCUGCAAGGAUCACCGAAGACAAACACCACAGGUACCGCCCAGCAAUCAACAACAAUGGCCAGUGGAAGUGGUGGUGCACAGCUACCGUCUCGUGGCGAACGUGGCGACGUAUUGCAACAUCGUGGUACUGGUGGUCAUCAACCGAUGAAGGUUGAUCAGCAUAGUUCUCCAACGAAGGCGAGUUCGGGAGCUUAUGGAGGUCCUCCAGGACAGAGUAAAACGCCAACUGUUUACCUACACUCUUCUCCCGGUGGUACGAACAGCCAUCAUCAGCCUCCAUCGGUAACGGGUCCGAGCGGCUCACAGAUGAUGGUAGUAGCUCACGAUAUGUCUGCACGGGCUACUUCCGCUGGAAGAGAUCCAAGUCCAACGGCUUCUUCGAGCCAGCAUCAUCCAACGCAACAUCUCCUACAGCAGCACCAUACGCAACACCAAAUGCAUCCGCAUCAUCCGCCCUCUUCUCCCGUAUCCCAUCCUCAUUCAAUGCACCACCAGCAAAUGCAGCAUCAUCAGUCGCAACAAGGAAUGUUGAAUGUGAUCACGAGCGCUCAUCAUCAGCUCAAUCCGAACGCUGCUAUCAUGACAUCCUCCUCGCCAGUGCCAACUUCACCGUACAAGAUGCAUUCCAGUGGACCGGCGGUAUCCGCUGGGUCCAUGAACGCAUUGAACAAAAUCUCUCCGAGUUCGUCCUCAAAGUACUAUUCGAAAGGUGCAGCUGCUGCAGGAGGAGGUCCACCGAUGCAUCCGAUGAGCCAUCAUUCACCGGGGUCUUCGGUCGUUAGUACGCAUCAGCAGAUCCUGCAACAGCAGGAACGUGAGCGAGAAAGGGAACGUGCACAACUUCUCUACGCAAGUCAUGCAGCAGCUGGCGGGAUUAUUCCCCCUCCCGAAUCUGUACAUCAGCAUCAUCAUCUGCUUCAUCAUCGUGGUCAGCCGCCGAUUGGUGAUGGUAGUGGUAAGAUGGAGUUCAAGGCUCCUGACAACUUCCGCUACGAUUCACGAAGUAAUCCUCCACCACCGAUCGAUGCAAUCGGAUCUACCGGACUGCAGAGUCACUCCCGCAGUUCGUCCACGAAUUCGCUUGAUAGUCUUCCGCUGGACUACGGAGUAGCUAAUGCGAAUACCUCGGGUAGUGGUACAAGUGGUCGUUAUAGCGCCGGAGCGGUUCAACAACAACCGAUCCCACUUGUCACCCAUUCACCCGGUCAGCAGCAGCUACAGCACGGUGGUGGAAACAAUUCACGACCCGGUUCAACCUCCUCACAACCCGAUUACACGCAGGUUUCACCCGCUAAGAUGGCGCUCCGUCGACAUCUUUCACAGGAGAAACUCACGCAUCCACCAUCGUCCGGCAGUCAAGGUGCUGGAACGCAGCAGCACGGUGGUGUCGGUACGGUCAAAACGAUCGGUGAUCUGGUUAAUGGCGAAAUCGAGCGAACGCUGGAAAUAUCGAAUCAAUCGAUAAUUAACGCUGCCAUAAAUAUGUCCGCACAGCAACAACCGAGUCCUGCGAGUGUAACAGGCACAUCCGGAUCAGGAAGCAGCGUGAAUGCUGCCCAUACGGUUAUUAACACGAAUGUACAACGGCCAGAACGGGUCGGUAUUCGGCUUCUAGAGGAUGGUGGUGCAGUUGGACCGCCGAGUGCGUACAGUCCCAUCUCCCGACCUGGCAGUGUCGGCGAGGCAAGCAAAUCUCCGAUACAUAUGCAGCUUCAGCAACAGCAACAACACGGACGUGAAAGUCUUGCCCAAGGUGGUUCGGGUUAUAGUGCGAAAAUAAAUUCCAAAGCAGGAGUUUCUGUUGCUGGAGCUGGCCACCUAGUCUCCUCUGCGACUAUUUCGCCACGUGGGACUGCGCAAUAUUCAUCAGCAGCCGCAGCAACUACAGCAGGACUGGUGUACCAGCAGCAAGGAUCAGGAGGCCCAAGACAUGAACCUUCACAUCCUUACAUGGCACUUCCGCGAGCUGAUAUGAAACCGUACCUUGAGUCGUAUUUUAACGAAGCACAUAACAAACGACAACAGCAACUCCAACAGCAGCAACAACAACACCAUCAUCAUCUGCAGCAUCCAGUGCAAUCUCCUUCGCCGUCAUCGUUGCCCUCUUCGAGUAUUGCCAUGCAGCACCACAGUCAUCACGGAAUGGGCCCGGGAUCAGCAAUGGUACAUCGUGGAGGGCAUCCAGUUGAUCUACACCGGGGAUCUUCGGCUCCAGAGUCGGGUAUGAUGCAACGAUCUCGCGAUAUGCUUCUCAUGGACGAAGCUCGGAUGGAUCGACUCAAUGGGGGUCCUCCGUUGGAAGGUUUGGCAGCGUCGCUGCAGGCGCGCGUUAUUGCCACGUUGAAGAUCAAGGAAGAGGACGAGGAACGCCAUCGACGAGAUCUCGGUAGUCAUCAUGCUACUUCCGUCAACCUUAGUAGCGGCAACAGCAGCAGCAACAGUAAUAGCAAUAUCCACGGUGGAAGCCUACAGAUAGUACAAACCGCACAUAUUAAGUCUGAAAAAUACGCCUCAACAUCAUCUUCAUCGUCUUCAUCCUCGUCCUCGUCAUUGAAGCGUACCUCACCGAUUGUUGAACAUCCGGCAGGUACACGACCUCCGAAGAUGAUGUACUCAUCCUCACAGGCCGGUGUCGUUGAUUGUUCAGAAACAAUGCUCAUGAACAAUCCGGAUUUACUACACGUAGCUCGUAGUAGUAGUAGUAGUAGUAGUGGUGCAGCUGCUGGAACUGCUACCACUGGAGGAACAGUCGGUAGUCGCGGUAGUGGGCUAGUGGUAGCACCGCCGUUGGUAAUGAGUCCGGAAAUCAAUUCUCUGUCGGCGGUGGUCGACGAUGGACGGCAUCAUCACCAUCAUCAUCAGUUGCACCAUCACCAGCUUCACAUGCGGCAUCAUCAGCAUUCGCGGAAUGACGUUGACGAUGAUGUUGUUGGUGAUGACGAAUCGAGCUGGCACGAUCGUGUAAGUUCUGGGUUUGAUCGUUUGGUGGCAUUCGCUUCGACGGAACUGGACAAGACGCGUCGGUCAAAUGAGGAUGCACCGGCAUCUUCGGCUAGCUGUACAACAUCCCCGGACAGUGGUAUUAACCAGAGUGACCACAGUCGCACCUUCCUUUCUUCAUCUUCGUCCUCGUCACAAUUGGAUGUGCCGCCGAGCAGUUCGAGUGCGGGCAGUACGGCUAGUAGCAGCAGCAGCAACGGUAGCAGUGUCGGAAGUGGCAGCAUGAUAAGCAGCCUAGCUGGGAGUGGUGGAACUGGCCCUGUAAUCGGAGGCAGUGGAAGUUUGAUGAUGAAACAUAUGGUAGUACCGCUCAUCAAGUCAUCACCAGCCGAACCCGUCGACAGUCCACCGUUAUCCGAUGUGGGCCUACCGAGAACUCCCAGUCCUUCCUCGAGUCCUCCGUUGCUGUUCGGACACUCAGCUGCGACGGUAGUCGGCGGAUCUUCAAUUGUUCAGCCAUCGUUGCUGCACCCUGGCAACGGUGGUAGCGGCGGGGCAAAUAUUGCCACGCACAACAGCAGCAAUAGUCUGGGCAUUCCACUGAAGUACCAGCGUCAGUCAAAGUCCUCUUCUACUACGUCGUCUACGAAGCACUACAAGAAGAAGUUCCGGGAGCGCAACUGGGAAGAGUAUGAAGAGAAUUUGAGUGGUGGACGCAAUAGUGCCAUUAGUGGUGGCGAUGUCGCUAUGGAUCAUACGGAUUUUGUUGAUUCCCGCUCGGUUGUCAACAGCAGUCCACAUAAUCUAUCUGCAGAUAUCGGUGGUCCAUCACAUGCAGCAAUUUCUGCAUCUGCGUCCAUUGCACCGACGGAGACAACGGCCGGCAACAACGAUCACCAUCAUCAUCAACAGCAACAGCAGCAGCAGCAGCAGCAGCAGCAGCAGCAGCAGUCACAAAGCAGUCAGAGUCAUCAUCAUAAACACAAAUCGGCCAAGUUUCGCCCCAAAGGCAAAGACUGGAACUGGGAUGAUGAACACUCGAACGCCUCUUCCAGCUCGACAACAUCGACGAGAGGUGCCGGAGGCGGCGGUGGAGCUCGAUCAGGAAACCCCACGACAACAACCUGAUCCAGUUUCGUAAGCAUUUGUCGCUAGUUUCAACUUCCCGUAUCCUGUGUGGGUCUGUCGAAUUUUUAUAUUGUUUUAUCCUUUUUAUAGAUAAUUUAAUAUAUUUUUGCGCUCAAUAUUCAGCUAAGGAAAGGGACAGUGAAACGGAUCGAGCAUCUUCAAAGAUGUUACGUUUCCAGAACGUGUUGUCUACAUUCGUUCAAUCUUUAGCAAACGAGUGCGCGACAGUCAAACCUCGUCAUUUUUACACACUUUUCGUAUCGUACUGCCAUAACUAUUGUUAAAUUCAAAACGGAAAACCUCUCCCGGAUUUUUACGGUUCAUAUUUUCGAUAGGCAACGAUCAGGAGUGAAUGUGAUUAGGAGCUAGAACGUAGGCAUCUAGUUCUCCUUCCCAUAUAAGACAAGAUCGAUUCCUUUUCGGUGAUUAACGCGGUGGAUUCAUACGUGAUAAAGACUGAUUUAAUGAUUUGCACUUAUUGAACUGCCAACAUUUUAUAUGUUAAACCAAAUGAAAAACGAUACAAGCAUACGGAACAAAUCGCUCAUCAUUCAGAGGACGCUCUGGGUCCGUUAGUUCUCUUGGGUUUUUUUUAGCAAAGGGUUAACGAUUGCAUUCUGCGUGACUUUAUAUUUGUGUCUCUCCAUUUGGGGUAUGAAAUGUGUUAUUGUGCCCCUAAUCCUGCGCUAACGCGCACCGCUGGUUUCCAAUAAUUUACUGUCGCUAUCAUGAAAUGCAGCUAUUAGACGUUUGUUCUAUGAGGAAUCGAUGGCCACGUAGUAAAUACAUCCAUUCACUAGAGCCGCACACCGUUCUUAACAACUCAUGGUAACAAAAAGCAAAUGUAAAACCUCAUGCGUGUUUAGUAACGUAUUAGUGUUAGUAAGUGCAAUACAAAAAAAACCAAUGGAAUUCAAACAGAAUGAGUGGGAAAUGCGAUAUGAAAUGGUUAUGGUAGAGAACAAUGUCACAAAUUGUAAUACAAAAUUAGAGGAAGAAUUAUGAGAACUGAAGCAAAAGCGACAGCAGAGGUGGAGAUCGUGGUGAAAACAUAGAAAAUGUAAAAUGGAUCGACAGAAUCGAACGUGCGAAAUGAAGAUAUUCGUAGCAAUGAUAUAUACACAUAAAUACAAAUAUAUUUAUAUAUAUUUGUAUAACAGAUUAUGACAACAAGUGUAAGCAGAAAGGUAGCGUGCGUGCAAAAGUUUUAAAAUUAACAACUAAGCAUUUUCAGGAAGAAAAAGGAUCAACUCGCGAGCAUUAGCCUCGGAAGCGGUCGGUUAUUGCAGCGUGCGGGAGCGAAGAAACGGUAGAACGGUAGCGAUCGAACAAUAGCAGAGGAGUAGUGGUAGUAGGUAGGACACCAAUUAGGUAAGGUUUAUGCUUUUGCCUUUUUAAGCCUCUGUUCUAGUUUAAAUUAUUAGUUUUUUUUCAUAACCACCUACCCUUCGAACCAUCAGGCACGGACCGCGUGUGGCGCCCGACUAAAUGUUAAUAGUAAGGUUUAUGAUUGUUUGCUCCCGCGUAUCCUGCAAACUCCUAUGACUUGUUGACGGUCAUCUGUAUCCCCAUGUCUACGUUGUAGGCAGCAGGUGUAUAAGUAGUCUUUAGGUAGCCAAUUUUAUCGGUAUCAGCGCUGUAGGCUCGCAACAACAGAUAGAUACUGAGAGAGAUGAGCGCCGUACUGCUUCAUUUUGCUCAUUCUCAUGUAAUGAAAAGAUUGUAUCUUCUUGCAUAGAUUGGGAGAUGAGGAUUUUAGUUCAUUCUUCUAAAGUGUUGCAAGAUGAGUUUAUCUGUUCUGUCUUUUCGUGAUCGAAUUUCUGUUGGCAGAUGUCUUAUGUAUUUGCGUCCCCACAAAUCGACCUCGACUGAUGAUGAUUGAGGGAAAUAAGGCGAGGAAAUGAUCCGGGGACAUUUCUAUCCCGAACAAAUUAAUGCCAAAAGAAGGACAUAGAUAAUGGAUAGUUUCGAAUUCCACCCGCCUCCUAAAAUACCGUUUUGCUCUUGUUAGUCCAACAUUCUUUCCGCGUUUUAUUAGGUCUUUUAAGAUACGAAAACUAUACAAAUGAGAACAAAUUACAGGUAAUAUCUCAAUACGCAAAGUUGAAGAUUGAAGACAAAAAGAAGGAAACGCGCAGUAUCACACCACUCAGGCACCACCCGGACGGCCACGGUUUAAGCAUGUGUGCGGUAGUAUCGAGGUACAUUAUUCACAAGUAUAACACAAUACAGAAACACAGCGACAAGACGAGGACGAGUUCAACCAACACAAUUGGGAACAAAGGAACUUAAUGCAAUAGUAGUAGGUAGAACAUGCCGAGUAGACCGAAUAGAGAAGCACGCGUCAGGUGAUGAAGGUAGAAACCGGCAGGAGCAGCACGUUCUCACACUGGAAACCUCGUACACACCUUAAAUUAUACAAACCAACACCUCUCAUAGAAUGUAGCUAGUACAGUGCAGCGGAGAUGUUUUAAGAAUGACGGAAGUAAAUAAUCUGGAGCAAAGGGGAGGGAGGAUGGUGGGGGGGAGGGGGGGGGAGACUCGUUUGAUAUUCAUGUACAAACUGCCUGAUAAUAUAUAACAACGCGCCAUCACCACUGCUGCGGUUGAUUUUUUUCGUUUCUGGUGCGGUUCCUACGAGGACGCCUUCGUGUAAUGUAAUUAGCUGUCCUUUUUUUUAAUGACAAGACCAGAUCCCGCCUGUCCAUUUAUGAACUCUAUUGUGUCGCCACAGAGAAAAGUUCCUUUAGUUUCAUGAUCUCCUUCCCGUUCGAUCGAGGAUUGCGAUUUGGUGUUUUUGCAGGGUAAAAGACCCCGCGUUUCGAAAUUCAGAACUGAAUCAAUAGCACCACUUAGAUUGAGCGGGAUAGAAGGAAGAAUAAAUAGCAUUAAAGAAUUGUUUUUUUUUUUUCUUUUGGGCAAGGACUGGUCAGAUAUUACUUUUAGCAGGCAACUGUGUCAGGCCGAUAUGGCAGCGUGUAAGGUUCAACCGUACGCAACCAAACCCCAUCAGAGCGACAAGAGUCGUGGGAGAAAGAGCGGACAAACAUACAAAAUUAAAACUUAAAUAGUAUCUUAAAUCAUGCUAACUUUCUAAGUAGUGUUGAAAGGUUGAUUGGAGCCACUUCCAGCCCAAGACGCAGGUAACCUUAGUGCAUUGGCGAGAAUAAAAUAUGUAAGUAAUCCCAAAUAGUCCCACCAUAUAUGUAUCUGUAUAUAUGCAUACAUAUAUAUAUACGGAGGAGUAUAUUACUAGAAGUGCUAGUGGCGCCUGACGAAAGGGGAAAAGGAGAAGGGCACAUUACAAAUACAAAAAGCAGUAGCGAAGAGGAGGAGCAAAGUACUAAAGCUUAAGGGAAGCUGCAUAAAUUUGGAUGAAAACUAAUUACUGUUACUAAGAAUAAAAAGAGUCAGAAAAUACGAUGGUCGUCUACUGUUUCAUAUGAAAAAUUGACUGAGAACAUCUGAACGAAACCAAAUUCGCAAAUUCGUUGGGAAGCCAUGGCAACUUGCUGAAAUCCUUUUCUCAAGCUUAAGUGAAACUUU